AUUAAUCAAAUGGAUGUCGUCUUUGGUUUCAUGGCGCGUUUUAUCUCGUAAAAUGAACGUUUGCUGUAAUAGUGAUAAAUGUAAUAGUAUAGCAAAAUAUCAUUUGUAGUCUAUUUCAUGUUUAGUAACUAUAAUAACCAAUUAAUAUACAGUCCAGUUACCUUACAAGGUGUUUACUUCGUUUAUAGGUUAUGUUAGUGCUUGGUACGUAUUUUACUAAUAAAACGUAGCCAAAAUGACGGAAGGAGGUUCUGGUGAGAGUGGCAGGGUGGUUGCAAUCCCCUGCCCCUUCGUGAAGAGAAAAGUGGAAUGCGCUGGAGCGGCGUUCCUCAGAUAUUACAAUGUGAAGUGCCAUGGUGGCGACGCAUUGUUCCAAACGCUCAAGUCUAACGAGAAGGCCGAGGAAGUGAUCUUUGACGAUGACGUCGAGUAUCUACGGAGUCUGGAUCCCAAGGAUUGGAAGAUGCAAGACCACUAUGCCGUUCUAGGUAUGAAGAACUUGCGUUAUAAGGCCACUGAUGAUGACAUCAAGCGUGCUUACCGGCAGAAAGUGCUGAAGCACCACCCCGACAAGCGCAAGGCGCAGGGCGAGGAGAUCCGCAGCGACGACGACUACUUCACGUGCAUCACCAAGGCGUACGAGAUACUCGGGACGCCGCUCAAACGCAGGUCCUACGACUCCAUAGACCCCACCAUAGACGACAAUGUACCUUCACAGAAUGACGUUAAGAAAGACGGUUUCUACAAAUCCUUUACCAAACAUUUUGAGUCCAACGCCAGAUGGUCGGAGAAGAGAAAUGUGCCUUUGUUAGGUGAUGACAAUAGUACAAGAGAACAGGUGGAAAGGUUUUACGCAUUCUGGUAUGAGUUUGAGUCAUGGCGUGAGUUCUCUUACCUUGACGAGGAGGAGAAGGAGAGAGGGGCAGACAGAGAGGAGCGGCGGUGGAUUGAGAAACAGAACAAGGCUGCUCGGGCCAAGUUGAAGAAGGAGGAGAUGGCUAGGAUAAGGAACUUAGUGGAUUUGGCAUAUUCCAAUGAUCCAAGAAUCCAGAGGUUUAAGCAGGAGGACAAAGACAAGAAGUUAGCUGCUAAGCGCGCCAGACAGGAUGCAGUACAAGCAAAGAAAGCUGAAGAGGAGCGUCUCAUCAAGGAGGCCCUGCUUGCCAAGCAGAAGGCCGAGGAGGCGGAGCGCGCGCGCCUGGAGGCCGCCCGCGCCGAGCGCGAGCAGCAGAAGAAGAACCUGCGCAAGGAGAAGAAAGCCCUCAGGGACCUAUGCAAAGCAAACAACUACUACUCCAACACAGAGGACGAAACUGUCUCUCAUAUGGCUGCUGUUGAAAAAAUCUGUGAAAUGUUAAAAGUUGUAGAAUUACAAGAAUUAGUUAAAGAACUAGAGAGCAAAGGCAGAGACGCUUUCGUAAAAACUGUCAAAGACACAGAGGAUAAACUGGAAGCUGAAAGAAAAGCUAUUUUUGAAAACAAGAGAGUAGAAGAACAAAAGGCUAGGAAGGAAUCGGCACUCAAGCAACCAAUUGAAUGGAGUGUUGAGAUGACACAACUUUUGAUAAAGGCUGUAAACUUAUUCCCAGCAGGCACUAACCAGAGGUGGGAAGUAGUGGCAAACUUCUUAAACCAACAUGGUACGUUUAUUGAUGACAGAAGGUUUGUAGCAAAAGAUGUAUUGAACAAAGCUAAAGAUCUGCAAAGCUCAGAUUUCUCAAAGAGUAGUCUGAAGAAAGCUGCCAAUGAAGAAGCUUUUGACCAGUUUGAAAAAGAAAAGAAGAAAGGGUACAACCAUAUUGAUGACAGCGGAAUAUCGCAGAGCGAUAAUCCUGCUAAAGUAGUGAAUGGUACAGCCACACCUAAACCUGAAGAGGUCACCAAACCAGAUGAUAAAGCUUGGACGAAAACUGAACAAGAGUUGCUUGAACAAGCCAUCAAAACGUUCCCAGUGAGCACCCCUGAGCGUUGGGAUAAAAUAGCCGACUGUAUACCGAACCGUACGAAAAAAGACUGCAUGAAACGAUACAAGGAGUUAGUGGAAUUAGUUAAAGCAAAGAAGCAAGCCGCCAACCUCGCGAAAUAACAUACAACACUGCUAGUACUCUAUCAAAUUGUUUACCAUCUGCCACCAAGUUAAUGACCAAAGUAGAUUAUGGAUAUUGUAAAUUAUAUUUACAUUGGUAAAGUUACACUGUUGGCUCGUGACAAAGUUUUACAAACUAUAAAGAUAUUGUAAAUGCUUCAUGAAUUAGUAAUUAUGGAAUAAAUUAUGGUUUUCUUUUUAAAGAAAUUCGAAUUCCUACAUGUUUUGAUUACUCAAGGUACCCUGUCAUUUGGUUUGGUCACUAGUCGAUUAUCUUUUCGCCGCUACGAAAUACGAUUGCGCGUUAUUAAAAUACUCAAAUUCAUAUCACUUCUAUUAUUUAAUUAGUGUAUGUGUACCAAUAGAUGGUUUGUGAUAUUCAAUUUAGAAAACAGAAUCUAUGUAUUGAAUAUUUUAAUACAAAGCUUGGCUUAGCAAUUUUAAUGAAUAAUGUGGCGGUUAAAAGGUAGCUAAAAUUAGUUUGAUGUUAAAUAUAAAUGAAGCUAUGAUCGAAUUCAAAUCACAAGAAUCGCGAGCUACAUUCCCAUCUACCCAGUGCGUGGUAGGAACAUGUUCCACAGUAACAAAUAUUGUGUACUAACAACGGACUAGUUUGGGCUCGCGUGUCCGUCGCGCUCGCGUGAACGCAAAUGACACGGUCACUUAGUACUCUGCCCUCCCGCCACCACCUGCAUACCUGUGUAACUACCAACAUGGAAUUGCAACGCCCAUAUUUUAACAAGAUAGUUCGCUUAUGGAUUACCUACUAUAUUAAACGCAUUAAUCAUUUCAUAGAGCCAAAUGUAUUUUCCAAUUACCGGCUUAGGUACUGCUUAAUUGGUCAUUACCAGAUAUUUAUCGACACGAUUGGCAGAUUUUUUAAUUACGUACGUUUUUAAUUUUCAUUAGCGUCUGCUCAGAGUACAAGUACUAGUUACUUGGAAACUAAACUGCAUAAUUUAAAAUGGCAACUAUUGUGAUGAAAUAUUUUACAUUGGCUUAGUUUUCUAAGCAAUUGUGUUUUGAUGUUUCAUAGAAAUGUGUAAUGUAAGUAGGCGUUUAUUUAAAAAAAGUUUAUGUAUUGAAUAUCCGCAAGCAUCCCUGUUUCAUGCUUAGAGCACUUUUCCCGCCAGAAAUGUUAAUGGCGACAUGUCCGUUCAGUCAGAGACACUACAAGCGAUCAUCUUACUGUGUCAUAUUUUUAUAUUUAUUUGUUUAUUGUGAUGAUGAAUAUAGUCAAUUUGAAAUUUU